GUUUUAGUGACCUAACCGCCGACGAUCUUCCCAUGCUUGAAAACAUCCGCGAUCGAAGUCUGUCAACCAUCCGCGAGAAGUACGGUGUACGACCGGAUCAGAUCAGAGCCUAUUUCCAUUACCAACCAUCGUUCUUUCACCUGCAUGUGCAUUUUGUUAGCUUGAAAUAUGAUGCCCCAGCCAGCACAACCUUGAGUGCGGUGUUGCUUGAUGAUGUCAUCAGCAAUCUGCAGCUCGUUCCUGACUAUUACAAGAAGGCCACCCUCACAUUUACCAGGAAAGCUUCAGAUAAGUUGUUAGAGAUGUUUAGAGAGGCUGGUCGUUGCGAAAAAUGAUUUGUUAUUUUAUGGGUGUACCUAUUUAUGUACUUGUUGAUGCAACUGGUUUUGUGUGGACUGAUACUCACCAUUUUUGUCUUAGACAGUGAUUCGUACUUUUUAUUUCUUAUGAGCGUACUUUUUUAGGAAUAAAGAGC